UGUCUAGAUCCAGAUGAGGAGGCUACUCUCAUUCUGCCGUGGAGACUGCGCUACCUGUGUGACAAGCAAGAGGAUUCCAAGAAACAUCAAAAGUGUAGCCUAGGUGUGGCGAAUCUUGGAAAGAAAAAUCAUUCAUGUUCAAAGAGACUGCAUUUCGUGUCAAAGGAAAGUAGUUGAGACCUGGAGCUGAAGGACGUCUGAAGGAAAAGAGCCCUGGAGUAGAGAUGUCCAUCUCAACUCAGCUGGGCUUGCUGUUGUGGAAGAACUUUACCUACAGAAGAAGACAAACGCUUCAGCUGCUGGUCGAGAUAGUAUGGCCUCUGUUUAUCUUCUUCAUAUUGAUUGGGGUGAGGAUGCACUACCCCCCGUAUGAGCAACAUGAAUGUCAUUUCCCCAACAAGGCCAUGCCCUCUGCGGGCACCCUGCCCUGGAUCCAGGGCAUCAUCUGCAAUGCCAACAACCCCUGCUUCCGCUACCCGACCCCUGGGGAGACUCCCGGGGUGGUGGGCAACUUCAACGACUCUAUCAUUUCUCGGCUGUUUUCAGAUGCUAAGAAGAUCUUGCUGUACAGUCAGAAUGACCGGAGUCUGGAGGGAUUCAAAGACCUGGCCCAGGCCCUGAGGGUACUGCAGGCCAACACCUCCGGUUUCAAACUGAAGGACUUCCUCCAUGAAGAGGAAACCCUGUCCUCGUUCCUGGCUCACAACGCCUCCUUCUCAGACUACACGGUGCGGGAGAUCGUGGAUGCCGACGUGAACCUGGAGAAGGUGCUGUUGAAGGGCUUUGGGGUGCACCUGAAGGACAUGUGUGACAGCAGCGGCAGCAGUCUCCUGGAGGAUUUUGUGACCAUCGGGGACCGCAGGGUGUCCAGCCUGGUCCAGGAGAUGAUCUGCAGGUCCCCUGGUUCCUGGCUCGACCAGGCCGAGAAACAUUUCCUCAACAACCUGGACUUCCUCAAGCCCCUGAAGAAAGACGUGAAGGCGGACCCCAAAGCAGUCAAGCAGGUCGCCACGGCUACGGACAAGCUCCUGGAGAGCCUGGGUUCUCUGGCAGUGGAGUUGGCCGGCAUGAAGAGCUGGAGCGACCUGCGUAACGAGAUCAUCUUCCUGACGCAGAACGCCACCUCGUCGCCCAGCACCAUGUACAAGGCCGUGUCUCGCAUCGUCUGUGGACACCCCGAGGGGGGCGGGCUGAAGAUCAAGUCCCUCAACUGGUACGAGGACAGCAACUACAAGAUGCUGUUCGGGAACCACAACACCAGCGAGGACGAUGCCGACACACACUACGACAACUCCUCCACGCCGUACUGCAACAGCAUCAUGAGGAACAUGGAGUCCAACCCCAUCUACAAGAUGAUGUGGCAGGCCCUGAAGCCCCUGCUCAUGGGCCAGAUCCUCUACACCCCUCACACCCCCGCUACCUUCAAGAUCAUACAAGAGGUGAACAGAACCUUCCAGGAGCUGGGUGUGUUCAGGCACCUGGGGGGCAUGUGGGAUGAAAUGAGACCCAAGGUGUGGACCUUCAUGGAGAGCAGCGAGGAGAUGGACUUCGUCAGGACCUUGCUGAAGAACAACGCCUCUGCCAGCUACUUCCAUGCUCAGCUGGUGGGCACGUCAUGGACUGUGGAUGAUCUCUCCAGCUUCCUGGCCAAGCAGUCGACAGACCCUCGGCCCCCCGGCACGGCCGUCACUUGGAGGGAUGUGUUCAACGAGACUGACCAGGCCGUCACCAGCAUCUCCCGCUUCAUGGAGUGUGUGAACUUGGACAAGCUGGAGCCCGUGGCCAAUGAGGAGAGGAUGGUCAACAAGUCUCUGGUUCUCAUGGAGGACAGGAAGUUCUGGGCGGGGAUCGUGUUUUCUGACAUCGAUACCAACAGCUCGGAGCUUCCUGCCAAGGUCAACUACAAGAUCCGCAUGGACAUCGACAACGUGGAGCGCACCAAUAAGAUCAAAGACGCGUACUGGGACCCGGGCCCCAGGGCCGACCCCUUCGAGGACCUGCGCUACAUCUGGGGGGGCUUCUCCUACCUGCAGGACGUCAUCGAGCACGCCAUCAUCAGAGCCGUGACGGGCACCAAGGAGAAGACAGGGGUCUACAUCCAACAAAUGCCUUACCCCUGCUACGUAGACGACAUGUUCCUGCGGGUGAUGAGCCGCUCCAUGCCUCUGUUCAUGACGCUGGCGUGGAUGUACUCGGUGGCCAUCAUCAUCAAGGGCGUGGUCUACGAGAAGGAGGCGCGCCUCAAGGAGACCAUGAGGAUCAUGGGAUUGAACAACGGCAUCCUGUGGUUCAGCUGGUUCAUCAGCAGCCUGAUCCCCCUGCUGGUCAGCGCCGGGCUGCUGGUGGUGCUGCUUAAGAUGGGUAACCUUCUCCCCUAUAGCGACCCAGGCGUGGUGUUCCUGUUCCUGGGCUCGUUCGCCGUGGUAACCAUCAUGCAGUGCUUCCUGAUCAGCACGGCGUUUGUGCGGGCCAACCUGGCGGCGGCGUGCGGGGGCAUCAUCUACUUCACGCUGUACCUGCCCUACGUGCUGUGUGUGGCCUGGCAGGACUACGUGGGCUUCGGGGGCAAGGUCAUCGCUAGCCUGCUGUCUCCGGUGGCGUUCGGCUUCGGCUGCGAGUACUUUGCCCUGUUCGAGGAGCAGGGGGUGGGCAUCCAGUGGAACAACCUGGUGUCCAGCCCCAUGGAGGGGGAUGACUACAGCCUCACCACCGCCAUCAUCCUCAUGUACUUCGACUCCUUCCUCUACGGAGUCAUGACCUGGUACAUCGAGUCGGUUUUCCCCGGUCAGUAUGGCAUUCCCCGUCCCUGGUUCUUCCCUUUCACUAAGUCCUACUGGUUUGGAGAAGGAGACAACAGGAAGACCAAAGUUCCUCAGGGUCGGAAGGGAAAUCGUGGAGCUGUGUGUGUGGAGGAGGAACCAGCCCACCUGGAGCCGGGGGUGUACAUAGAGAACCUGGUGAAGGUGUACCGCCACGGAAAGAAGCUAGCGGUGGACGGCCUGACGCUGGGCUUCUACGAGGGCCAGAUCACCUCCUUCCUGGGCCACAACGGAGCCGGGAAAACCACCACCAUGUCUAUUUUGACCGGCCUGUUCCCGCCUACCUCCGGCACAGCCUACAUCCUGGGGAGAGACAUCCGGUCGGAGCUGAGCACCAUCAGACAGAGCCUGGGGGUGUGCCCUCAGCACAACGUGCUCUUCAGCAUGCUGACUGUGGAGGAGCACAUCUGGUUCUACUCGCGUCUGAAGGGGCUGUCUGAGGAGCAGGUGAAGGGGGAGAUGGACCAGUCCCUCAAGGACAUGGGCAUGUCUCACAAGCGCUGCUCCCGGAGCAGCACCCUGUCGGGGGGCAUGCAGAGGAAGCUGUCCGUGGCACUGGCCUUCGUGGGGGGGUCGAAGGUCGUGAUCCUGGACGAGCCCACCGCUGGAGUCGACCCCUACGCUCGCAGGGGCAUCUGGGACCUCCUGCUCAACUAUCGCCAAGGCCGCACCAUCAUCCUCUCCACCCACCACAUGGAUGAGGCGGACAUCUUGGGCGACCGCAUCGCCAUCAUCUCCCACGGGAAGCUGUGCUGCGUGGGCUCCUCCCUGUACCUGAAGAACCAGCUGGGGACGGGAUAUUACCUCACCCUGGUGAAGAAGGAUCCAGAACCUUCCCUCAGCUCCUGCAGGAACUCCUCCAGCACUGUCUCCUUCACCAAGAAGGAGGAGGAGUGUGCCUCGGUCAGCAGCUCCGACGCGGGCCUCGGCAGCGAGCACGAAAGCGAGGCGGCCACCAUCGAGAACGGCCAUGCUGCCUCCAUCAGCGAGGGGCCGUUCGUCCCCCCGGACGUGCCUCUGAUCUCCAGCCUGAUCUUCAAGCACGUCCACGCCGCCCGUCUGGUGGAGGACCUGGGCCACGAGCUCACCUACAUCUUGCCCUACGGCGCGGCCAAGGACGGAGCCUUCGUGGAGCUGUUCAAGGACCUGGACAAGCACCUAUCUGCCCUGGGCAUCUCCAGCUACGGCGUCUCCGACACCACGCUGGAGGAGAUCUUCCUGAAGGUGGCGGAGGAUAACGGCGUGGACACAGAGGUCCCUUCAGACGGAACUCUCCCUGUUCGUCGUCGGCGGCGACACGCCUUCGGGGGCGACCACCAGAGCUGCCUCAAGCCACUGACCGAGGACGACGACAACAAAGACGACAACGACUCUGAAGCAGACCCCGAGCCCAAAGAGACGGACUUGCUGGGUUGUUUUGACGGUACGGGCUCGUACCAGGUGACGGGCUGGAGUCUGAAGAAACAGCAGUUUGUUGCCCUGAUGUGGAAGCGCUUCCUGUACGCUCGUCGCUCCCGAAAAGGCUUCUUCGCUCAGAUUGUGCUCCCUGCUGUGUUCGUGUGCAUCGCCCUGGUGUUCAGCCUGAUCGUGCCUCCCUUUGGGAAGUACCCCAGCCUGGAGCUGCAGCCCUGGAUGUACGAGGAGCAGGUCACCUUCAUCAGUGACGAUGCCCCCCAGGACGUGAACAUGCAGGCCCUGCUCAGAGCCCUGACGGACAGCCCUGCAUUUGGAACCCGCUGCAUGGAAGGAGAAACUAUACCUGAUGCUCCGUGUACGAUGGGCGAUGAGGACUGGUCGGCCCCCGAGGUUCCAGAGAGCGUCCGGGGCCUCUUCAGCUCGGGGAACUGGACCAUGGAGAACCCGUCGCCCCCCUGCUUCUGCACCUGCAACGGCCAGAAAAAGAUGCUUCCGGAAUGUCCAGCAGGAGCUGGCGGCCUGCCGCCCCCCCAGAUUAAAAUCAGCGCCACUGACACCCUGCUCAACCUGACUGGAAGAAACAUCUCAGAUUACCUUGUGAAGACUUAUGCUCAGAUUAUUGGGAAAAGUCUGAAGAACAAGAUCUGGGUCAACGAAUUUAGGUAUGGAGGAUUCUCGUUCGGUGCCCGCAGCACGCAGGUGCUGCCCCCUGCUGACGAGAUUGACGACGCCAUCGAUCGAGUCCGGAAGAUCUUCGAACUACAAAAGGGAGCUGCAGCAGAUCGAUUCCUUGACGGUUUGUCUGGCUUCAUCAACGGUAUGGACACCAAGAACAACGUCAAGAUCUGGUUCAACAACAAGGGCUGGCACAGCAUCGGAAGCUUCAUCAACGUCAUGAACAACGGGAUCCUGCGCGCCAACCUGCCCGAGGGUCAAGACCCCAACAAGUACGGCAUCUCUGCCUUCAACCAUCCCCUCAACCUCACCAAGGAGCAGCUCUCCCAGGUGGCACUGAUGACCACCUCAGUAGACGUGCUGGUGUCCAUCUGUGUGAUCUUCGCCAUGUCCUUCGUGCCGGCCAGCUUCGUGGUGUUCCUCAUCCAGGAGAGAGUGAGCAAGGCCAAGCACAUGCAGUUCAUCAACGGUGUUCAGCCCCUCCUCUACUGGUGUGCCAACUUCAUCUGGGACAUGUGUAACUACGUGGUCCCGGCCACCCUCGUCAUCAUCAUCUUCAUCAGCUUCCAGCAGAAGGCCUACGUGUCGUCCAACAACCUUCCUGCUCUGGCCCUGCUGCUGCUCCUCUACGGGUGGUCCAUCACCCCCCUGAUGUACCCGGCCUCCUUCUUCUUCAAGAUCCCCAGCACGGCCUACGUGGUUCUCACCAGCGUCAACAUCCUCAUCGGCAUCAACGGCUCCAUCUCCACCUUCGUCAUGGAGCUGUUUGGAGACAAGGAGAUCGGAGGCAUCAACGACAUCCUGAAGAACGUCUUCCUGAUCUUCCCUCACUUCUGCCUGGGCCGCGGCCUCAUCGACAUGGUGAAGAACCAGGCCAUGGCCGACGCGUUGGAGAGGUUCGGGGAGAACCGUCUGCGCUCCCCUCUGGAGUGGGACAUGGUGGGGAAGAACCUGUUCGCCAUGGCUGUGGAGGGAGCCGUGUUCUUCAUCAUCACCGUCCUCAUCCAGUACCGCUUCUUCAUCAAGGCCAAGCCCACCAGCACCCUGACCAAGCUGGGGCCGAUCGGGGAGGAGGACGAGGACGUGGCACGGGAGAGGCAGAGGGUCGUUCACGGCCUCGGCCACGGAGACAUCCUGGAGCUCCGCCAGCUCACCAAGGUCUACAAGAGGAAACAGAAGCCGGCUGUGGACCGCCUGUGUGUGGGCAUCCCCCCUGGAGAGUGCUUUGGUCUGCUGGGUGUGAACGGAGCAGGAAAGACGACCACCUUCAAGAUGCUGACAGGAGACUCCCUGGUCACCAGCGGAGAGGCCUUCCUGGCCAGGAAGAGUAUUCUGAGAGAGAUAGAUGAGGUGCACAGGAACAUGGGCUACUGCCCCCAGUUUGACGCCAUCAACGACCUUCUGACGGGACGAGAGCACCUGGAGUUCUACGCCAUCCUCCGGGGCGUGCCGGAGGAUGAAGUCUGUGAGGUGGCAGAGUGGGGCAUCCGUAAACUGGGGCUGGUGAAGUAUGUGGACAAGUCAGCAGGAAGCUACAGCGGAGGAAACAUGAGGAAGCUGUCCACAGCCAUGGCUCUGAUUGGUCGACCUCCUGUCGUCUUCCUGGACGAGCCCACCACUGGCAUGGACCCCAAGGCCAGGAGGGCUCUGUGGAACUGCAUCCUCAGCGUGAUCAAGGAGGGCCGCUCCGUGGUGCUCACCUCACACAGCAUGGAGGAAUGUGAGGCGCUCUGCACCAGAAUGGCCAUCAUGGUGAACGGCAGGUUCCGCUGCCUGGGCAGCGUGCAGCACCUGAAGAACCGGUUCGGAGACGGCUACACCAUCAUCCUGCGCGUGGCCGGGCCCGACCCAGACCUGAUGCCCGUCAGGAAGUUCAUCGAGAGCGAGCUCCCAGGCAGCAUCCUGAAGGAGAAGCACCGGAACAUGCUGCAGUACCAGCUGCCCUCCUCCCUCACUUCCCUCGCUCACAUCUUCUCCAUCCUGGCCAAGAACAAGGGCCUGCUGAGCAUAGAGGACUACUCUGUGUCUCAGACCACGCUGGACCAGGUGUUUGUGAACUUUGCCAAGGACCAGAGUGACGACUAUCACUCGAAGGACAGCUCGGUGAAGCGCAAAGACAUGGCAGUGGACAUGUCUGUCCUGGAGCAGCCUUCUACCUCGAGCAGAGCUGCUGAGGAGGAGCCAAAUACUGACAGCUCGGUGUGAGAACAGCGGCUCCACUCCUAACUGGAAGUGGGAAGCGGGACUGGGGAGAGAAGCCCAUUAGUAUUAGUACAGUCUAUUACUACAGUAGUAUUUUAACACUUGUCUUAAUUAUAAUCAUUCAGUCAUUGACGAGCCCCAAGCAGGGUCCGACUGGAGAUCUCAAUGCAAGUCAAUGCAAAGGAUUCCCACCGUGGGGAAGCUGGGCCCAGCCCAGAGGAAACGAGUGUUAUUAGAAACUUGAAUAACUGCCAUAAUUUCUCAAGUGCUUUAGCCCAAUGCUAGGCUGCAGCGUUGUGUGUGCGUGUGCGUGUGCGUGUGUGUGUGCGUACAUAAAGUUUUCCACUUUCUGUAAUUCCAUUUGGUGUCAGACAAUGAUAAGAUUAAGAUUCAGGGUCCGUUUCCAUUUCUGUUUGUGUUUUCACUCCUCGACCAGAAUUACAUGAAGAAUCAGAAUAUUUUUCAAAGGCCAAGGGCUGAACUGCAACAUCUGAUUUCAUUUUUUUUUUUUUUUACAUUUGAUUUUGUUUUUAUUGUGAAGCCUUUUUAUUUAUAUUUGUGAGUGAUCAAAAACAAACGAUUGUAUUGGUGUUUUCCAGCUGAGUUUCAUGUGGCAUUAUUGGAAAUGUAAGAAUGUACUUUCACAGAUGUGUGUUGUUUAAAUGAUCCAAUCAAAGUGCUUGGCAUACUAUGCAGAAGUGCUGUACAAUGUAAGAGAAAAAAGAUUUUAUAGAUUUUUUUAAGGAAAAAGAUUUGUUUUUACUGUCAAACCACAUUUUUAUCAAUACCUCAACCAAUGCCUACAGACAAGUCACCUUAACCACUAGUAGAGAACUGUUAUUCCCUUGGUUAGCUGGUAAUGUUGUUAUAAUCUAGGUAAAAUGUAAUUGAUUGCUGUAUGGUUGUGUGUGAGUUCUGAUUGAGUUCCGUUUUUCACGGGUGUUAUUUGCAAUAUAAGCUCCCCACACUUGAGACUAAGUAAUCACACACCGUUUGUUGGGAUAUUAGUCAAUGGGUGGUCCUUUUCAUAAAAGGGCGUUGAAGUUGGAAGUGAAGCUCACCUGAGAGACACAUCAUGGUGUAGUGAACAUUCCAAGAACUUUGGGUGUUAUUUGGAACUUUUUUGCACUGGAAUGUUCACAGAAUUACGUUAAGUUUUUUUUUUUUUCUUGAUCUAAAAUAAUGAUAGUCAAACGUUCCUUAUUCAAUGGUUGAUGUUUAGUUUUUUAAGUAUUUAGAAAAGCUGUGGGAUCAACUGUUACUCACCCUGUACAACAUUUAUUUACACAAUAAAACUGAACAAAUCUGUAACGUU